AUGGUCGCUCAACGCAAAGCAUCUCUUCAAGAUGCAACAACAAAAUCAGCAGUAAAUAAUGAAAUAGAGGAUCAACGCAAAGCUCGUUCUAAACAACGUUUUGUUGGAAAUCAAAUUAAUGGAGGUCGACAGAGGGCAAAUUCUUCCUCUUUGUGUGCUCCAAAAUCGACACCAGCUAGAAGACAACAAACUAGCGGUCAGUCUGUUGGGUCGAAAGAACAAAUUGAUGUGAAAAAGGCAAAUGCUAAAUUUCUGAGUGGCAAAGAGAAUUAUUGGUAUUAUGAUCAUGUAAGUAAUGGUUAUUAUUAUGAACAUAACGGCACUCGUGGUUGGCGUAAAAAUAAUCCAAAAAUGGAGAAUUUACUUCGAGGAAUGGAAGAAGCACAAAAAUUGGAACAACAAAAAAUUCUUAAACAAAAGAAAGAACAACAAUCUUUACUCGAUUGUAGAAAUAAUUUGCCUUCUUUAUUAAAUAGCCAACAAUUGUCGAAAUUAAUUCCACAAGCAACAAUGUCUUCUACAAAUACAGCAACAUCUAAUGCUUUUAAUAAUUCUCCAAUGGCGAUUAAAUAUUAUGACAAUGAUGGCUAUUUUUAUGAGAUGGGAUCUGUUGAUGGAUGGCGUCGUCGUCCACCAGGUGCAACCCCACCAGGUGCUACUUCUCCAUUUCAAAAAAAAAGAGGUGGAGGAAAUGUCAAUAUGUCUGCCACACAAAUAUAUGACCAGCAAACACCGCGUCGAAAACCAUUGCAUUAUCAAUCAUAUCAACAACCAGCUCCACAUUUGGGGGGUUUAGAUUUGCAAGAAGUUGCUGCAGCAGUUGCUAUUGCUCAACAACAAAAUAUUAAUCACCAACAGAAUAAUUGUUGUGGUGGGGGGUCAGUUGCAUGUUGCUGUCUUACAGCAGCAAUAGCUGCUCAAUUGGUUUUGAAACAACAACAACAAAUGAUGGCUGCUAACAAUAAAAGAGAAAAUAAGAUGAAAUGUUCUUCUGAUAUUCACUCAUUGAUUGAGGAUUCAAUAACCAAAACACAUGAUUUUUCUGAAUUAAACACACAAGCAGCGCUUAAACGUUUGGCUGGAAAUAUUUCUCAACCCAUCUCUUUGGGCACAAAUUGGCAAGUUCCAUCACAACGUUCAAAAUGGAGUUCGCCUAUUAAUGAAGAAAAGACUACUCCAACAACAAUAACUGGAAGUGGUAAUGGUUUAGUUGUUGGAUCGUUUGAAGAACCAUACGAAUUUUAUUGGAGUGGAGAUGAAGGAAAUAAUAACAACAAUACAACAACAGCAAUUACAACACAUACAGCAGCUUCAAUAUCUUCUGUAGAGGAUGAUCCUGCUGAUGAAUUGGGAAUUGAGGCAAAUGCUUUACUUCAACAGAAACGUCCUUCUAUUGCGCCAAUUGGAAGUGAAGCUUUUGCAGCACAAGAAGCGAAGAGAGCUAGUUUGGGAUGUGUUGUGACUACAAUGGGGACGACUAAAUGUAACAAUACAAAUGUGACGAAGAGACCAGAUAGUUUGAGAUUGGCUCCGAAAACAAUUCCAUCUGCUUACGAAUCAAUUAGUCCUGGUGAAAUUCUUCGUAAGAAUAACAACAACAACUUUGGUGGUGAAUCCCAGCCUUCUCAACGUGAUUUUGAUGUUGACAAAUUUAUUGCUGACAGUAUUCCAAUGCCACUUGAACCUGAACGUUUAUUAAAUUCUUUGAGAAAUCCUCAACGAACUCCACAUGGACCACUUGUAAUGCCGCAUUCUUUUAUGAAUAACAACAACAACAAUACUAAUGAACCGAUUACUGCUGAUUCUCCUCUUUUUACUCCAAUAUUGCCUGGAAAGAAUCCGUGGUCAUCUACAUACAGGACUUCCCAUGCAAAUCCUUGGGCAUAUCCUUAG